CUGGAGGCUGCCCGGGACCCCAAGAGUCCCGAGGAGCCGACGUCGGGGGGGACAUUGUUCCCGCUGCCGAGGGGAGACGGCGACCCUCGCGGCCGCGGGGUCUGGAGGCGGCGCCGGGGCGUCGGCGCGGUGUCUGCGCUUCCCCUUUCCCCCCACCGACUCGCGCCCUCGCUGCGUUCCCGCCGCCGCCCGGCUCGUCUCGGGCUCAGCGCCCGUGCUCGGCUUCCGACCGCGCUCCAGAGGGACCCGGCGAGUCCUGGGCGCCCGGGACUGAAGGCAUGCCUGAGGGGCCCCCGGAGGCGCAGGAGCAGUGGUAAUGGUUCGUGCAGGCAGCUGAAACAGCUGAAGCACGCUGGGCUUUGGUGAGGCGCGGCCGUUUAUCAUGACCGUGUUCAAGCAGGAGAACGUGGAUGACUACUAUGACACUGGCGAGGAACUUGGCAGCGGGCAGUUUGCAGUGGUGAAGAAAUGCCGCGAGAAGAGUACUGGCCUGCAGUAUGCUGCCAAGUUUAUCAAGAAGAGGAGGACCAAGUCCAGCCGGCGUGGCGUGAGCCGCGAAGACAUCGAGAGGGAGGUCAGCAUCCUGAAAGAGAUCCAGCACCCCAACGUCAUCACGCUGCAUGAGGUCUAUGAGAACAAGACCGACGUCAUUCUCAUCCUGGAGCUUGUUGCAGGUGGUGAGCUGUUUGACUUCCUAGCUGAAAAGGAAUCUUUGACUGAAGAGGAAGCUACUGAAUUUCUCAAGCAAAUCCUGAAUGGUGUUUACUACCUCCACUCACUCCAGAUCGCUCACUUUGAUCUUAAGCCGGAAAACAUAAUGCUUUUGGAUAGAAAUGUCCCCAAACCUCGAAUCAAAAUCAUUGACUUCGGACUGGCCCAUAAAAUUGACUUUGGCAAUGAGUUCAAGAACAUAUUUGGGACUCCAGAAUUCGUUGCUCCUGAGAUAGUCAACUAUGAACCUCUGGGUCUCGAGGCAGAUAUGUGGAGUAUCGGGGUAAUAACCUAUAUUCUGCUCAGUGGGGCCUCCCCAUUUCUUGGAGACACUAAGCAAGAAACAUUAGCCAAUGUGUCUGCUGUCAACUACGAGUUUGAGGAGGAAUACUUCAGUAACACCAGUGCACUUGCCAAAGACUUCAUAAGGAGACUUCUGGUCAAAGAUCCAAAGAAGAGAAUGACCAUUCAAGACAGUCUGCAACACCCCUGGAUUAAGCCGAAAGAUACGCAGCAGGCUCUCAGUCGGAAAGCAUCAGCAGUCAACAUGGAGAAAUUCAAAAAGUUUGCAGCGCGGAAGAAGUGGAAACAAUCCGUUCGCCUGAUAUCACUGUGCCAAAGAUUAUCCAGGUCGUUCCUGUCCAGAAGUAACAUGAGUGUUGCCAGAAGCGAUGAUACUCUGGAUGAGGAAGAUUCUUUUGUGAUGAAGGCCAUCAUCCAUGCCAUUAAUGAUGACAAUGUCCCAGGCCUGCAGCAUCUUCUGGGCUCCUUGUCCAACUAUGAUGUCAACCAACCCAACAAGCAUGGGACACCUCCACUCCUCAUCGCUGCCGGCUGCGGGAAUAUUCAGAUUCUGCAGUUGCUCAUUAAAAGAGGCUCAAGAAUCGAUGUCCAAGAUAAGGGUGGAUCCAACGCCAUCUACUGGGCCUCUCGGCACGGCCACGUGGAUACCUUGAAGUUUCUCAAUGAGAAUCGAUGCCCGCUGGAUGUUAAAGACAAGUCUGGAGAGACGGCGCUUCACGUGGCAGCUCGCUAUGGUCAUGCUGAUGUGGUUCAGCUACUGUGCAGCUUCGGCUCCAACCCCGAUAUCCAGGACAAGGAAGAGGAAACCCCCUUGCACUGUGCUGCCUGGCACGGCUACCACCCGGUGGCCAGAGCCCUUUGCGAAGCUGGCUGUGAUGUGAACAUCAAGAACCGUGAAGGCGAGACGCCCCUGCUGACAGCGUCGGCCAGGGGCUACCACGACAUCGUGGAGUGUCUGGCUGAGCACGGAGCCGACCUGAACGCCUCGGACAAGGAUGGACACAUUGCCCUGCACCUGGCCGUCAGGCGGUGUCAGCUGGAGGUCAUCAAGGCACUCAUCAGCCACGGCUGUCUGGUGGACUUCCAAGAUAGGCACGGCAACACCCCCCUCCACGUGGCCUGCAAAGACGGCAACCUGCCCAUCGUGGUGGCCCUCUGUGAAGCCAACUGCCACUUGGACAUCUCAAACAAGUAUGGACGGACUCCUCUGCACUUGGCGGCCAACAAUGGGAUCCUGGACGUGGUCCGGUACCUCUGUCUGAUGGGUGCCAACGUGGAAGCGCUGACCUCGGACGGGAAGACGGCAGAAGAUCUGGCGAGAUCAGAGCAGCACGCACACGUGGCAGGCCUCCUCUCACGGCUGCGAAAGGACACGCACCGUGGGCUUUUCGUCCAGCAGCUACGGCCCACACAGAACCUGCAGCCCAGGAUCAAGCUGAAGCUGUUCGGCCACUCAGGGGCCGGGAAGACCACACUCGUGGAGUCUCUCAAGUGUGGGCUGCUCCGAAGCUUCUUCCGAAGGCGCCGGCCCAGGCUGUCCUCCACCAACUCUGUCCGCUUCCCACCCUCACCCCUGGCCAACAAGCCGGCAGUAUCUGUGAGCAUCAACAACCUGUACCCAGGCUGUGAGAACGUGAGCGUGAGGAGCCGCAGCAUGAUGUUUGAGCCGGGCCUCACCAAGGGCGUGCUGGAGGUGUUCGUCGCCCCCUCCCACCACCCGCACUGCUCAGCUGAUGACCAGUCCACCAAGGCCAUUGACAUCCAGAACGCCUAUCUGAAUGGCGUCGGGGACUUCAGCGUGUGGGAGUUCUCUGGGAACCCCGUAUACUUCUGCUGCUAUGACUACUUUGCCGCGAAUGACCCCACGUCCAUCCACAUCGUGGUUUUCAGUCUGGAGGAGCCCUAUGAAAUCCAGCUCAACCAAGUGAUUUUCUGGCUCAGCUUCCUGAAGUCUCUGGUGCCAGUGGAGGAGCCCAUCGCCUUUGGCGGCAAGCUGAAGAACCCACUGCGCGUCAUCCUGGUGGCCACGCAUGCUGACAUCAUGAAUGUCCCUCGGCCAGCAGGAGGCGAGUUUGGAUAUGACAAAGACACAUCAUUGCUCAAAGAGAUCAGAAACAGGUUCGGGAACGACCUUCAGAUUUCAAAUAAACUCUUUGUUCUGGAUGCUGGGGCUUCUGGCUCUAAGGACAUCAAGGUCCUUCGGAAUCACCUACAAGAAAUUCGGAGCCAGAUCAUUUCCGGCUGCCCUCCCAUGACCCACCUGUGUGAGAAGAUCAUCUCCACGCUGCCUUCCUGGAGGAAGCUCAACGGGCCCAACCAGCUGAUGUCACUGCAGCAGUUUGUGUAUGACGUGCAGGACCAGCUGAACCCCCUGGCCAGCGAGGAGGACCUCAGGCGCAUUGCCCAGCAGCUGCACAGCACUGGCGAGAUCAACAUCAUGCAGAGUGAAACAGUCCAGGAUGUCCUGCUCCUGGACCCCCGCUGGCUCUGCACCAACGUCCUGGGGAAGCUGCUGUCGGUGGAGACGCCCCGGGCCCUGCACCACUACCGCGGCCGCUACACCAUGGAGGACAUCCAGCGCCUGGUGCCCGACAGCGACGUGGAGGAGUUGCUGCAGAUCCUGGACGCCAUGGACAUCUGUGCCCGGGACCUGAGCAGCGGGACCAUGGUAGACGUCCCUGCCCUGAUCAAGACGGACAGCCUGCAGCGCUCCUGGACGGACGAUGAGGAUGAGGUGAUGGUAUAUGGCGGUGUGCGCGUGGUCCCUGUAGAGCACCUUACGCCCUUCCCCUGCGGCAUCUUUCAUAAGGUGCAGGUGAACCUGUGCCGCUGGAUCCACCAGCAGAGCGCCGAGGGCGAUGCUGACAUCCGCCUGUGGGUGAGCGGCUGCAGGAUCACCCACCGCGGGGCCGAGCUGCUGGUGUUGCUGGUCAACCACGGCCAGGGCAUUGAGGUGCAGGUGCGUGGGCUGGAGGCCGAGAAGAUCAAAUGCUGCCUGCUGCUGGACUCAGUGUGCAGCACCAUUGAGAACGUCAUGGCCACCACGCUGCCCGGGCUGCUCACCGUCAAGCACUACCUGAGCCCGCAGCAGCUGCGGGAGCGCCAUGAGCCUGUCAUGAUCUACCAGCCCAGGGACUUCUUCCGGGCGCAGACCCUGAGGGAGACCUCCCUGACCAAUACCAUGGGAGGCUACAAGGAGAGCUUUAGCAGCAUCACGUGCUUCGGGUGUCACGAUGUGUAUGCGCAGGCCAGCCUGGGCAUGGACAUUCAUGCGUCCGACCUCAACCUGCUGACUCGCAGGAAGCUGAGUCGUCUGCUGGACCCGCCCGACCCCAUGGGGAAGGACUGGUGCCUUCUGGCCAUGAACCUGGGCCUUCCCGACCUCGUGGCCAAGUACAACACCAAUAACGGGGCUCCCAAGGACUUCCUCCCCAGCCCGGUGCACGCCCUGCUGCGCGAGUGGACUUCCUUCCCGGAGAGCACAGUGGGCACGCUCCUGUCCAAGCUGAGGGAGCUGGGCCGCCGGGAUGCGGCGGACUUCCUUCUGAAGGCCUCCUCCGUGUUCAGGGUCAACCUCGAAGGCGCUGGCCCCGAGGCCUACGCCUCCAGCUGCAACAGUGGCACGUCGUACAAUUCCAUUAGCUCUGUGGUGUCCCGGUGAGGGCAGCCUCUGCUUGGGCUCCUUGGGCCGCAGAAGUGAGGGGGCGAGAUGGAGGGCGCAGCCCAUCUCCCUGGGGCAGUGUCCUCUCACUGCCAUCCCUAUGUCCCCAGGCCACCCUGCCCGCUGUCCAUUCCCCAGGCCACCCCGCCCACUGUUGCCCUGUCACUACCUCCCCCUUCCUCCUCCCCUGCCACACCUGUCAUGGCUGUGACUAGUUUUUCCAACUGAGAGCAGACCACCUCCUUCCCUUUGGCCAUUCACAAAGCUUGUUACCUCCUCUUCCUGUGUGGGCCUGCAGCUCUCACCCUCUCCACACCUGGCUGCUAACUGUGGUUUUAUCAGAACUCCCAACUUUUCAGUGACUGUUUUGUUUUUUUCUUUUUGUGGCUACUAGGUGGAUGGUCCCUUAGACAAAAGUGAAACACACAUGGAUCCAGAAUGCGUGUUUUUUUAAGCCUCCCCUCAGCUUAUCUGUUUUGUGUUAGUAGGAGAGACUCCCCUACACAGAAUCCCACUGUAGGAUCUAUAAACAGACAGUUGUGAGUGCCUUUUGCAGAGGAGGGUGUGUUUGAGAUGACGCUACCUCUCUGUUCCCUGCUGUCUGCCGGUCACCGCCACAGGUGCUGCACCCUGCGUCCCUGGUCGAGUUUGUUGCUGUUGUGAUGUUGUCAUUUCUUCCCCGCUCCCACCCUUUUUGGGUAAUUUCUGUGUCUCCUUUGGCAAGGAAAGGGGAAUAGGGAGUCCUCCUCCGGGGGGCGCUUUAUUGCCCAGUGUUGUGGCUCGGCACAGACAUGUUUUCAGUUAGCUCUUGUCCGUGAACGUCCGUGGCAUGUCCACACGAAACCGCAGACUGGCUCGCUUCCUCCUCCCCGCUCCUCUCAGGUAGAAGGCCAACCAGGUGUACAGUGAUGGAGACCUGGCUGAGGAUUCGGAAAAGCCCACGCGUGUGGAAUGUGGCAGUCCAUGCUCACUGUGCGUAGCACAUGGCUUCCCUGUGUAGGGCCUGGUUUGAGAACUCCUGGCACUUGGGAGUCUGACAAACCAAAAAUAAAGGAAGCCACGUUCCUAACUGUGCUUUCCAAUUGUGGUAGAGUUCUCAGUUGCUGUGAGGGAACACGUCCUAAUUCUGUCCUGAGAAGCAUGUAAUGUUGAUGUUAUAUCAUAUGUAUAUAUAUAUAUGCACUCUGUACAUACAUAUAUAUUAAUACUGGUAUUUUUACUUAAUCUAUAAGACAUCGU